UUAUUAUCACACAAGCGACAGCCGCGUUCAUCAACAGUGCCAUGUGACAUCUCGGUUUGUGGGCAUUUAUUUAUUUAAUAUUUUACAUGUUUACUCAAUACUGAUUCAUUUCGGUUUGUGAACAUUUAUUUAUUUAAUAUUUUACAUGUUUAUUCAAUACUCAUAAUCCAGGGUAAAAACAUGACGGUUGUCAAUGUUGGCAGCAGGGUAUACGCUCCUCACCGGGCUCUAGGUUAUGUUAGCAAUGAUGUUCCUUUAGUAACUCGAUACAUUCAAAUGAGGCGUGAAAAUUUAGUCGUUACAUGUGUGGGUCGAGCGUUUCACACUUACAGCACUGACAGAUUUCAACUUUUAUCAGUGAGUCCUCAACAUGACAGUGAUAUUAGGUGUAUAGCUGCCGAUAGUUAUAUGAUAUACACAGCAUGUAAUGGUAAUGAUAAUGUAUAUGCCUGGAGACGUGGUAUUGAGCUGAAGCAUACUUAUGAAGGUCAUGGAACUCCAGUACGUCUUAUAUUACCUUUUGCUGCACACUUGGUAACUGUUAAUGACUCUAAUGGUGUGCGGGUUUGGGAUAUCAAAGCAGAAACAAUAUACACUGAGUGGAAAUUAAAUAUUAAUGCGACAACAAUAUGUCAUCCACCUACCUACCCAAAUAAAAUACUUUUGGGAUCAGAUGAUGGCCGAAUGCAGUUAUGGAACAUAAAAACUGGUGCUUUAGUUCAUGAGUUUACUGGUUGGCCUGGUGUUCAUAUCACUUCUUUGGAACCGGCCCCAGCUGAAGACAUUAUCGCAGUAGGUUUGCACGAUGGUCGAAUAAUUUUGCACAAUUUAAAAUUUGAUGUUACAAAAACAGUGUAUACACAAGAAUGGGGUGCUGUCACAGGUAUUGCAUUUAUUAUAAGUAAACAGUUGAUGGUUGUUGGGAGCUCAAGUGGUACCCUAGUCUCAUGGAAUUUAGAAGAAGGCCAGGUGGAUAAUUUAUUGGUUAAAGCACACCACGGUCCAAUCUCUGGCCUAAAAUCAUUGCCAGACGAAUUACUUGUUGUCACGUCUUCUAUAGAUAAUUCCCUAAAGAUGUGGCGAUUUGACAAUAGCGACAUUACAUUACAUAAGGUGCGAUCAGGUCAUUGGAAGCCUCCAACAAGAAUACGUUACUAUGGUGAUGGUGAUCAAAUAUUGAGCGCUGGUGGUGACUCAACUUUACACUCAUUCUGUACUGUAACAGAAAUAGCAAAUCGCAGCUUAGGACGAGCAUCUUAUAAUAGAAAAUUAUCAAAAAAGCGUGGCACAAAAUGGCCAGAUCCGUUAACCAUGCCACCAAUAUCAUGGUUCACAGCUGAACCAGCUAGAGAUAAAGAAUUUGGUGCUGGUGUAGUGGCUGUUCAUGAGGGUACUCCUGUAGCUACUACUUGGUCUAUACAUGGGGGCUGUAUGUCUGAUAGAUUUUUGUCUCACCCAACACGAUAUCAAAAGAAAGCAAAAGUUGGUGUGAGUGCUACUUGUGCAUGUCUAACUCGGUGUGGCAAUUUUGUUGUUAUUGGAUAUUCAACUGGGCAUGUUGAUAAGUAUAAUGUUCAGUCUGGAAUUCACCGUGGUACAUAUAGUGAUCCUUUAACACACAAAUGUGUUCGAGCUGUUUAUGUCGAUCCUCUUAAUCAAAUAACAAUCACUGGUGGAACAGAGAAUUAUUUGCGUUUCUGGAAUUUUAAAACUACCAAAUCAUUGUCAAAGUUGAAUAUAGAUGAUGCUGUCUCGUUUUUUGUUUGGCCUGAUACAGAUAAUGCUUUUCUUGCUGUAGCACUUGAUAAUUAUAUGGUAUGCUUGGUGGAUACAGACCAGCGUGCAGUAGUCAGAAAAUUUUCAGGUCAUCGUGGUCCAAUGACGGAUGCAGCAUUCAGUCCUGACUCACGGUGGUUAACAACGGCUUCCAUGGACUCUACUAUACGCACAUGGGACAUACCAUCAGCGUGUACAGUCGAUAUACUUAAGGUAGAUACACCUUGUGUUUCAUUGUCUUUCUCACCAACUGGAACACACUUGGCAACAGCUCAUGUGGAUCACCUCGGUGUGCACUUGUGGGCUGUCCGCUCAGCAUACUCACAUCUUAGUUUACGGCCUAUUAACGACAAUGAAGAUGUUGUGAUUGUUCAGUUGCCUCUCACCGGAGGAAGUAAACAUAAUAUUACCGAUUGCCCUGUUAGUGAUGAAGAAAAUAAGCAACAACAAAUUAAUCAACUAGAGUCUGGUUUAAUUACAACUAGUGGCUUAGCUGAUUCGCGUUGGAUGCCCUUAAUAGAUUUGGACACAAUAAAAAAAAGAAACAAACCAAAAAUGCCUGCAUUAAAACCUGAAGCAGCUCCAUUUUUCUUACCCACUGUUCCUUCAUUAAAUGACCAGGAACUUCGUUUUGAUUUAGAAGCAGCAGCCCCUAAAAAAGAUGGUUCUGGAACGGCUUCAGCUAGGAUAGAAUUUCUGUCACACACUGUAUUUGCUAACGAUUUACUCAAAGCUCAGACACCAGAAGAUUAUGUCGCACUCUUUAGCGUUCUUAAAAAUAUGGGACCAUCAGCAGUGAAUUAUGAAGUACGUUCUUUAAAUCCUGAGGCAGGGGGUUCUGGUAAUUUAUUAACAGCGUUUUUAACUAUGCUGGAUAAUGUCACUUCAUUACAUGAAGGCAGCAACUUUGAAUUGGCCCAGUCUUAUCUUGGAGUUUUUAUCAAGCAUAAUGGUCGAGCAGUAGCAUUAUUAAAGGACGAAAAAACACUAGACUAUCUUAAGAGAGCAGUCAAUCGUGGGUGUGCUGCUUGGAAUAGACUAAGUAGUGAUAUCAAUUAUAGUUUGGCUGUGCUCGAAUAUAUGAAAAACAAUUGAUUUAUAAUAAAAUAAACAAAAUAAUGACUUUCAACAA